AUGUACCUGGAUUUUAAGCUCAUCUACUUGUGUUUAAUGGUUAUUUCAUCCACACACUCAUCACUCGCUCAUUCACAUAAGAAUGAAUCUGUACGGCCGGUUGAUAGCUCUGAGCCAUUAAACGAGGCAUUUGCAGAGCAGGGCUACUACCUGCAGCGUCUAUUCCUCGAGUACGGGAUCAACGGGACUCUGACUUAUGAAGGUCUGCAGAAGUUACUGGGGAGUCUGGGACUGGGUGAGGUCAGCGUACUGGAGAUCAGACAUGGUGGGGUGAAGCAUUCCUCACCCAGUCCAGUUCAUAUUCACCCACCAGUAAACACAGAUCGUCAUCCUCACCAGCACACAGGAAACAAACUCGAUGAACUCGGUGCACCAGGACCGAAUGCCACAGCGGGCAACACCGAAGUGAAAGUCGUGUCCAGUGGAUCCGCACCAACGGCUUCAUCCAGUACAGUAAAACCUGGACAUGACGACCCAUCUUCAUCCUCAGAUCACUCAACAAAGAAUCACGUCCAUGAGAAUUGUCUGAACGUCACCCAGCUGCUCUGGAACUUCGGUCUGGGUCGGGCGUCCCACAUCACCCCGGCUCACUUCACCUUCCUGUGUCCUGCGCUGCUGUAUCAGAUCGACAGCGGCGUGUGUCUCCGCCACACAGACCCCGACGCUCAGGAAGCUAAAUACGACGUGCAUUUCCUUAAAGCUCUAGGUUGGGCUUCACUGGCGCUGCUUGUGAUCAGUCUGCCGUCCCUGUUUGCUCUCGGACUGGCACCCCUGAUCCGACCUGCCACCCUCCGGACCUUGCUGUGCCCCAUGGCUGCCAUGGCAGUGGGCACCCUGUGUGGAGACGCCCUGCUGCACCUGCUGCCCCAUGCGAACUCGAGGCCCCACAGCGAUCAUCAGGACUCGGUACUGAAAGGACUCAGCGUGCUGGCGGGUCUUUACCUGCUGUUCGUGUUCGAGAGCGCGCUGGGACUCCGACAGCGACACAAGGAAUCCAAGAAGAGGAAGCGGGGCGCGGAGGAGGCUCGGGAGAUGGAGGCGCUGGGCGGUUCCUCUCACGUGGAGCAUGCUGGGAGCUCAGAAUCUGGUCACGGCCAUUCUCACGGACCGCCCGCCCGCGGUUCCUCGGGCCUCAGCACCGUCGCCUGGAUGGUCGUGAUGGGAGAUGGAAUACACAACCUGACUGACGGACUAGCAAUCGGAGUUGCGUUCUCUCAGAGCCUGAGCGGAGGACUCAGCACCACCAUCGCCGUCUUGUGUCAUGAACUUCCUCACGAGCUGGGUGAUCUGGCUGUGCUGAUGUCGGCAGGUUGGCCCGUACGCAGCCUGGCGGUAUUCAGUUUGCUCUCCGCGUUGCUGGGCUACGUCGGGGUGCUGAUCGGUACCGUACUGGGUCACCAGUGGGCACAGCACUCACCCUGGAUCCUCACCAUCACCGCCGGAGUCUUUCUCUACGUGGCUCUCACUGACAUGAUGCCGGAGAUGCUUCACGGAGAACGAGGUUCACUGGGUCCCGUCACGAGCUUCGUCCUGCAGAGUCUGGGUCUGCUCUCCGGUGGAGCCAUCAUGCUCUGCAUCGCGCUCUUCGAGGAGAACAUCGCCGUCAACCUGGGAGACGGAUGA